GUUUUACCAUGUACGAUAUUUUGUUUGGGACAAUCUCAAAUUCUUAUGGCGUUGCUUUUCUCUAUAUGAAUUUUAAAUAAAUACCAGGAGAAUAAGUUUUGACGAAGGACCCUUUCAACACGACAAAUACAAGUCAAUGUAGCAUUUAUAUAAAGCAUCCAAUGGUGGGGAUUAGCUUCGUCUUUCAAAGAUUUAAAUUACAGAAUUAUGCAGUUUCCUGCCACCUGUUAUCGGAGCGGACAAGGAUCGAAAAAGAAAAAGGCAAAAUACAAGUCAUGGAUCUUUACUCAGUGAUUAAUGAUAAUGUACUGCAAAAGCCUUUGGUAAUGGCUUUACUAUCAAAUAUUUAUUUAUAUAAAAGGGUCCCUUCCUGUCACAUACAUAAGACAAGGAGCAUAUUACGUUUGUACAAAGCUACCAAAUUACAUCAAUCCAAAUGCCUAUUCCUACUUUUUAACAAGAUAAAAAUUCACGCUUUAUCUGUGUACAGUGACGCAUGCAGAGAGAAUAAGGGCGGGCAAAUAGAAGUUUCCAUGCGCACUCAACAGAAUUGACAAGAAAGAGAGAGAGAGAGAGAUGUAAAAAGGAUUAGUGAAGGCCAAUGAAAGUCUAUUAAAGCAAUUGCAGACAAGAAAAGCUGCAGCACCAUUGACAUGAACGUUGCAAAAGAAGAUAAAAUGAAAACAGGUAUAAUUAUUCCGUGGCAGCAGCCGCUACUGUAUUUUGGUACAGUGAUAUGAUGGUUGACAUCUCCUCUUUUUGUCUGUUAUCAUGCGUCGUUAACAUGAUAACACAUCAUCAUCUUUAAUUUUUGUUGGUAUCCACUGGCUUUCACUAAAAUCUAAACCUCGGGGUCCCCUGUGUUUCGUAAUGUGGGAAAUCUAUGCAUGUAAUCAUAUGAAUCGAACGUGGGCUGGUAGUGGACUCAAUCACAUCUUGUCUCGAUCCUGAUCGUUCUUCCAAAGGUCCAGCCUCGUCGAUUGAAUGGUGCACAAGGAGAGUGAAGGAGGAGGGGCCCCUAAUCCCUCUUAUACCGUCUCUUUAUCCCCCCUCCUCCUCCACAAAUCUGACCCACAAUCUUCCUCGGAUCCUGUCUUUUAUGGAUUUGCUAAGUGGAAAUAUUUUGGACUCUAAGUGUUUGGCAAAAUGUCUCAUCGAGCUCUGAAGCCUGUCAGAGCUUUUCUGGUGUAUACAAACUAUUAAUAGAUUGACGUUGGGGAGAUCCUUAGCUUUUGGUAAUGGCCGGAAAUGGGAAGACUGAUAAGGCUCUCUUGCCGAAGCGGUCAAACCGCCCGAGCUUUUCGGGGAAGCGAGGCAGUGAAUGGAUCUUUUCAGAUGUCCCCAGUGAUAUUGUCAUAGAGGUUGAUGGUGUAUGCUUUGCAUUGCAUAAGGAUGAUGACAGAGGAUAAAAAUUGGAGUCUUUUUAUAACACCUUAUGCCCUAAGUCUUCUGUCGGGAGAUGUCAAUUUUUGGUUGGGAGACUUUGCAGACGGUAUGGUAGGAUAUAGCAGCCAGAAGAACCCCGUGUGUCAGGAUGUUUUUGGGGAUGUCUCUGGUCUCCGAGAUGCGUCUCCGUCUCCAAGAUGCGUCUCAGGGUUUCCUCUAGUAUCACGAAGUGGGCGAAUAAGAAAGCUAGUAGCAGAUCGCAGAGAUUCAGAUAUCUCCAAGCUGGAGUUUCCUGGUUUACCAGGUGGAGCUGAGACAUUUGAACUAAGUGCAAAGUUUUGUUAUGGCAUCAAUUUUGAAAUCACCACAGCAAAUGUGGCUGCUCUUUUUUGUGCUGCGGAAUACCUUGAAAUGACAGUAGAAUAUGCCGAAGAGAAUCUGGUUUCUCGAACUGAAGCAUAUAUGGAAGAAGUUGUCAGCCAAAGCCUUGAAAAAUCCUUGGAAGUUCUACAAAAUUGUGAGAAUCUGCUCCCUCUGGCUGAAGAGUUGAAAAUUGUGAGCAUAUGCAUUGAUGCAAUUGCUUCAAAGGCCUGUAGGGAGCAAAUGGCAUCAAGUUUUUCACGGUUGGACUACAGCAGUUCAGGUCGGCUUCAUAGUAAUGGCCAGCCAAAGAAUUCUGGGGAUUGGUGGGUUGAAGAUCUCUCUGUUCUUCGUAUUGACUUGUAUCAGAGAGUUAUAGUAGCUAUGAAAUCAAGAGGUGUACGUCAUGAGAGUAUUGGGGCAUCCCUUAUGCAUUAUGCUCAGCAUUCUCUGAAAGGAUUAUGUAAGAAGCAAAGUGUGUGGGAUGCAACUACAAGGUCAAAAAUAAAUGCUGCUACAGCCAUGGAGCAUGAACAACGAAUACUAGUAGAGACUAUUGUGAGCCUCUUACCUGCAGAGAAGAGUUCAAUUCCAAUAAGCUUUCUUUUUGGGUUGCUGCGGACUGCUAUAAUGCUUGAUACAACUGUGGCUUGCAGGCUUGAUCUUGAGAGAAGGAUUGGUCUACAACUGGAUUUUGCAACACUGGAUGAUCUUCUUAUUCCAUCCUUCUUACAUACUGGGGAUACACUUUUUGAUGUGGACAUAAUUCAUCGGAUACUGGUAAACUUUUUGCAGCAAGAUGACAAUGAAGACCAGAUGGACUCUCAUUCUGCUUAUGAAUCUGAUGGUCUGAGUUCUCCAUCACAGACUGCAAUUAUAAAAGUUGCAAAGCUAAUAGAUGGGUACCUUGCAGAAAUAGCACCAGAUGCAAAUCUUAAGCUGUCAAAGUUCAUUGCCAUUGCAGAAAUUUUGCCAGAUUAUGCUCGUGUGGUGGAUGAUGGAUUAUAUAGAGCCAUUGACAUCUACUUAAAGGCACAUCCAGGAUUGUCAGAUAUGGAACGCAAGAGACUCUGCAAAAUCAUUGACUGCCAAAAGCUUUCCCAAGAAGCAUGUGCACAUGCUGCGCAGAAUGAGCGCCUUCCUGUCCAACUAGUAGUUCAAGUGCUUUACUUUGAACAGUUAAGGUUGCGAAAUGCAUUAGCUGGCUCUAAUGGAGAUGGAGAACCAACAAUGGUAUAUCAAUCUCAACGAAUAAGCAGUGGUGUCCUCAGUGCUGCUAUGUCUCCCAGAGAUAAUUAUGCAUCUUUAAGACGUGAAAACAGGGAACUCAAACUUGAGAUAGCUCGAAUGCGAAUGAGAUUGAAUGACCUUGAGAAAGAACAUGUUUGUAUGAAACAAGACAUGGAAAAGUCUGGAUCUAACAAAUUUAUGUACUCAUUCUCAAAGAGGUUGGGUAAAAUACAGCUCUUUUCUCGUAGCAAUUCAAAACAUCAGAGUACACCUUCAAAGCAAUCUCAAGUGCAUGAUUCUUUUCAUUCGAGGAGAAAGCGCCAUUCAUUAUCCUAAUCUGUAAAUGUCGACUCUGUAAGGUUUGAUAUCUGUCUUAGAACCCUAUAUAUAAGUAUAGAUCAACUCCUUUGGAGAAUAUCAUAGUCAAAAGUAAAACCUUAAAGACUUCCACAACUUACAUGGCUAACAGGACAUAGGGACAGCUAUCUGCUUCUGUUGUCAAAUUGCAUUUUGAUAACUUGUAUAUUAUAAAGGGUCAUUUGUUCCGACCUACCAAAAUAGAUUGCUAGAAUUUGUAGAUUAAAAUAUUGCUUUCAUAUAAUUUUUGAGAGAAUAGGCUACAUUAUUUGUCCAUGUGCAUACCCAUAAAAUGCAAUUUAUAUCACUAUUAAAUGA